AUGGUAAAGGGCGCUGGUAGUGGAAGAGAUGCUGCAUUACGAGCCAUUGCUAAAAGUGAGGAGGUAGCAGGAUCCACUCAAACACUACAGUGGAAGUGUGUUGAAUCAAGAGUAGAUAGUAAGCGCCUUUAUUAUGGCCGUUUCAUUCUGUCCCCGCUUAGAAAAGGUCAAGCGGGCACCGUCGGUAUUGCCUUGCGAAGAGCUUUACUUGGAGAAAUAGAAGGAACAUGUAUCACACGUGCAAAAUUUGGGAGUGUCCCGCACGAGUAUUCUACAAUAGCAGGUAUUGAAGAAUCCGUACAAGAAAUUUUACUCAAUUUGAAAGAAAUUGUAUUGAGAAGUAAUCUCUAUGGAGUUAGAGAUGCAUCCAUUUGCGUCAAAGGUCCUAGAUACAUAACCUCUCUAGAUAUCAUCUUACCGCCUUCCGUAGAAAUCGUUGAUACGGCACAACCUAUAGCUAACUUGACAGAGCCCAUUGAUUUCUGUAUUGAUUUACAGAUCAAGAGAGAUCGUGGAUAUCAGACAGAACUCGGAAAGAACUAUCAAGAUGGAAGUUAUCCUAUAGAUGUUGUAUCCAUGCCUGUUCGAAAUGUGAAGUAUAGUAUUUUUCUUGUGGGAAUGGAAAUGAAAAACACGAGAUACUUUUUUCUAAAAAUAUGGACUAAUGGAAGUUUAACCCCUAAGGAAGCACUUUAUGAGGCUUCUCGUGAACUCUUUAGGACCCAUCCCCCAAAGGAACAUCAUCAUCCGGCUUGA